ACACACGAGGAUAGACAGUUUCUACCAUUUUCAUCUCUGUGUUAUCUUAGUUUCUGUUAUUGUUAAGUGAAUGUUGGGAUGGGAACUUGGAGGAGAAAGGACUCACGGCGUUGCUGGAUGACACCGGAGAUCAACCAACUUCCGAAGGCAGCAUACCUCUGUCCCCACAAUGGCUUUUCUCUUAAGUGGCUGAUCCUAAGAUGUUACCUUGUGGAGUAUCUGCGGAUACAAGAGCAUUGAAUUUGCCCCAGGGAACAUCCGUUGACUCCAAUCUGAAAUAUAGUUGGCGAUUAGAUGGUUCUCAGGACAAGAAAGAAUGGAGGACUGUACCUGAUCUUGAAAGCAGUCGUCACUGGCGUGAAGAGGAGAGAGAAACUAGUUUACUUGGCUGAAGAGAUCACAGAAAAGAACACCGUCGCACUUGUAUUUCUUCAACAAUGGAUGUUCCUGAAAAUAGGAACUUGUUGUCUUCAGAGCUACGGCAAGAUGUUAGUAGUCGUAGUUCAGGGCAUGAAUCUCGAAGAGACAAGUGGUCUUUGAGAUGGGGUCUUGAAGAAAAAGAAAAAGAUUCUCGAAAUGAAAAGUGGACAGAUACUAUGAAGGAAGAUGCUUCUGAGAAACAAGCUCUUGCUAGUGGGGGACGCUUAGCUUCUGAGCGUGAGAAUGAUUCUCGUGAUAAAUGGAGACCGCGUCAUCGUUUGGAAGUUCAUACAGGUGGGUCCACUUCUUACCACAGUGCUCCAGGAUUCAGUUUGGACAGGGGACGAGUGGAGAGAUCAAAUGUGGGUUUUACAGUAGGACGAGGGAAGCCACAAUCUGUUUCUGUUAUUGGAGCUCAUCCUGUGGAUAAAAACAAGACCUUUAAUGCAUAUUGCUACCCAAGAGGAAAACUCCUUGACAUUUACUGCAAGCAAAAGACAGUUUUGAAUUUUGACACCCUACCUGAUGAGAUGUAUCAUUCAUCAACAAUAACACAAAAGGAAAUCGUUGAGCCUUUGGCUUUUGUUCCUCCUGAUGCAGAGGAAGAGGCUAUUCUUGGAGAUAUAUGGAAAGGAAAAACUACCAGCAGUGAUGUGAUCUGUGACUCAUUUCAGGACACAAGCGAAGAAAAACAAUGUUUCUCAGUUAACAGGGAGGAUAGUGCUGAAUCUGGUGAGAAGGCUGCUGUAAACAGUAAUUAUCAAGGGAAUCAUGCAGAGACAUUUUAUGGGUCAGAUUCAUGGAUGAUUAUGACGAAGGAAAUGAAUGGAUCAAAAGGUGGACCAAGAUAUGUGGCACCAUCUGAUAUUGAUGUAACCAAUGCUUUGGGGUUAGAUAGGGAGAUUGAUGGUUCCGCAAAUUACAUGGAUGAAUUAAAAUCUUUCCAUUAUCGACCAGUAGCUGAUAUGAAAAAGGAAAAGGACUCUAACGUGAAGGACACUGAAUCAUCCAUGCAAUUUGGAAUGGGUACUGGUCUCCCUGAUGGGUCAGGCUCUCUAUUUGGUUUUCAGUUACUGCAUAUUACUCUUGGCCAUAACCAGAUAAAUGUUGAGGAAAAUAACGAGUCACAUUCACCGGAAAGUAUUACCCCUCCCGAGGAAUUGAAUUUGUGCUAUCUUGAUCCACAAGGGGUAGGUCAGGGAUCAUAUCUGGGGAUUGACAUAAUUUCAUGGUUUGAGCAAGGUUAUUUUGGUACAGACUUACCUGUUCGAUUGGAAAAUGCUCCUGGUGGAUAGCCUUUCCAAGAACUUGGUGAAGUGAUGCCUCACCUAAGGAUGAAUUCUGGUUCCGCCUCUGGUGUUAGUGCAGUUACAAGAAAGAAGAUACCUGAUCAUUUUGA